AUGGAAAAAUUAACGGGUGUUAACUGGUUUUGUCUAACCCUGCCGUAUACUGCAUUAGGUAUGGAAGUAGCCAAAACUGGCAUAGCUUCUGCUUUACCUUUUUUAUUGUCUUUAAUUGGGAAAAACUUUGCUGGCCAAAUUAGUGAUCGUUUGACUUCUGUUUCUGAAAAAGCUAAAGUUAUAUUUUUUGCUAGCAUCUCUCAGUAUUUAAUGGGCGCCUGCUUUUUGGCAAUGUCCUUAUUUCCUAAAUUUGGGAUUGUUAAUGUUACUUUAAUGCAAUGUAUUUACACUGCUGCAACUGUUUUUAGUGGAUUAAAUACUGUUGGAUUAAUUAAGGGGGCACAACUAGUAAGUUGUGAAAUUGAAAUUAUAUAUCGUAUUUUCUCGAGUAAGAGAGAGGGAAGAGUUUAA